AUGAGUUCAUCUGAAAAAUUAGAAUGCACAGCAACUGGUCGAAUGCGGUUAAUUGGUGUAUGCAAGGUUUGUGGUACUAAAAAGCAUACUUUUGUUUCUAAGGAUGGUACAAUUAAAAAGAAAACCCUGGCAGAAAUUACUGAAGCUAAAGAGAAAAAAGAGAAGGCCAAGAAGAAGAAAGAGGCUAUGAAAAUUGUUAAGAAACUUUUAGCUGAGCAAGGGGCAGUGAUCUGGUAA